UCCAGCUGGUCAGCCUGCUGCUGAUUGGGAUUGCAGCAUGGGGAAUCGGCUUUGGCCUCAUCUCUAGUUUCAGAGUUGUUGGAGUGGUGAUUGCAGUAGGAAUCUUCCUCUUCCUCAUCGCCUUAGUUGGAUUGAUUGGUGCAGUGAAACAUCAUCAAGUAUUGCUGUUCUUUUACAUGAUUAUUCUUCUGCUAGUCUUUAUUGUCCAGUUUUCUGUCUCCUGUGCCUGUUUGGCACUGAACAAGGAACAGCAGAGCCAACUUCUGGAGGUGGGAUGGAAUAACACUAACAGCGCGAGAACGGAUAUUGAGAGAAAUCUGAAUUGCUGUGGAUUCAGAGUUUUUGACCCAAAUGAAACCUGCUCCUCUGAUUGUUUUAGAAGUCACCAGUGUCAACCCUGUGCACCAAUAAUAGAAGAAUAUUCUGGAAUGGUGCUGAGGUUUGUUGGAGGCAUUGGACUCUUCUUCAGUUUCACAGAGAUUCUGGGAGUCUGGCUGACGUACAGAUACAGGAACCAAAAGGAUCCCCGAGCAAACCCCAGUGCAUUUCUUUGAGAAGUGUAUAAAGCACUGAAUCUUCUCUCUGCACCCUCUACUUCGAAAUACUGAUUCUUUAUAGUUUGGCAUUUCUUCAUAAUAGGGGUUCUACAUGUACCCCAAAGAAGACUUUAUUCCCAUAAGAAAUUCUAGUUUAAAUAUUUAAUUUCCCAGUAUUCUUCUUCUAAGAAUCUCUAUAUUGAACUAGACUGGUGCAUUCAGUACCUGGGCAGAGUCAAACUGCUGCUUUGAGCUGCUUAAAUAAACUCUGUUAAGACUCUCUUAGUUGAUGUGGUGAACUCUGUAACAGUGAGAUUUAUAGCACUACUGGCUUCUCUGGUGUCUGAAAAACCCAAAAGUAUUUUCUGCUGUAUUCAUUGAUUACAAAAAUUCACAUGAUUUAUCAUGAAAAUGA